CCAGCCGGCAGUCAAACGCAGUCAUGUCUUUUCUUUUCUCCUCUUGUUUCCUCUCUCCUCGUUCCCUUCUUCCUGGACGCCACUGUUUCCUCCAGCUGCCAUGGCUCAGGCCUCUUUCGCUCUAGAUGAAGCCCGUCUCUGCUGCUCCAUCUGUCUGGAGCUCUUUAAGGACCCGGUCACCAUCCCAUGUGGACACAGCUACUGUAUGAGCUGCUUGACUGACCUGUGGGACCAUGAACAGACCUGCAGCUGUCCACAGUGCAGGGCCUCCUUCAGCCCCAGACCCUCGCUGGGCAGGAACAACCUGCUGGUGGAGAUGCUCCAGAGUUUCAGGGCUUUGAAGCUGAGCGCUGCUCCUUCUGCCCCACCUCUGUAUCAGGAGGAGUACAGCUUUGAACACCCCACGUUUGAUGUGUCCUCAGUUCAGCCUGAGAGGACUGACGGGGAGAGGCUGCUGGGUGAGACACGGAGGCGUCUGGCUCAGCAAAUCCAAGAGUGGGAGUCGGAACAUCAGCAUCUCAAACAGGCCAUGCGCUCUUUUUCUCGUCUGGCAAAAACAGCGGUGAAGGACAGCAGCAGGCUUUUCUCUGAGCUGCUGGAGUUUGUGGAGCGCCGUCGUAUAGAGAUGAAGGAGAUCAUCCGAGCUCAGGAGAAAGCUGAACUCACUCGAGCUGAGAACCAGCUGCAGCGUCUGGAGCAGCGGAUUUCAGAACUGAAGAGGAAAGACACUGAACUGGAGAAAGUAUCACACACUCAGGACCAGUGCCUGAUCACUCAGACGUGUCAGUCUUUUGGUACCCUCCUGGCAGCAGGAGCACCCAACUCUCUGAAGGUGAAUCCAAAUAUUUCCUUCGGUCCUGUGAGGAGGACUAUCUCAGACCUGAAACAGCAGCUGGAGAGUCUGUAUCAGAAAGAACUCCACAACGUCACCUCCACAGUGAAAUCUGUAAAGAUCCUGCAGAUGCAAAAGACAAGUAAAGGGGCUUGUGAGUCUGCAUCUCUUCCUGAUUUGGACAGUAGAAGUCAUCUCCUUCAGUAUUUUUGUCCACUAUCUUUGGACCCAUUCACUGCACACAAGGAGCUUCUGUUGACUAAAGGGAAUCGCAUUGUCAGUCGAACUGGACAACUGCAGUCUUACCCGGACCACCCAGAACGGUUUGACACCUGGGGCCAGGUGCUGGGCCACGAGGGCCUGCAGGGCCGCCGGUACUGGGAGGUCGAGUGGGAGGGGACGCAGGUGUCAGUGGGAGUCACGUACAGCAGCAUUGGAAGGAAGGGAUCGUCUAAUGAGUGCAGACUGGGACACAACGCUCUGUCCUGGAGUCUGAAAUGCAGCGCGUCCUCCUUUGCCUUCUGCCACGGAAAUGAGGAGCAGGCCGUGGUGAUGCCUUCCAGCGCCGUGUCCCGUCGGAUCGGCGUGUUUCUGGACCACGACACGGGUCUGCUCUGCUUCUUCACCGUGACGUCCAGCGGCGUCCACCUCAUGCUCCGCCUCCAGAUCAGCUUCACCGAGGCCCUGUACCCCGCAGUGUGGCUGGGGUCCAACUCUACCGUGACCUUCUGCACCGUGGAAUGAGGGAGCACAGCCAUGCUCAGUCAGGGGUCAGUCAUUGAGUUUUUAUUUGUUUUUUAUGUUAUUUAGGAACAUUUCUCAGGUACUUAUUAGAGUCUGACUAAAUACAAAAACCUUAGUAAAGACUUGAAAUGUAAAAAAGAAAAGUAAGAAUGUAGACUAUAUUAUCUUCUGUAGCAAGGAUGUCAAACAUACAACCCACUGGAUAAAGUUUGCAGAAAUUACACUAAAGACAUUAAACAUCAAAGAUAUUUAAAGUGUUUUAGUUUAGUUGUCACAUACAGCCCAAUUUAAGAAAAAUAACAGCGUAACAACCUAUAAAUAAUAACAACUCAAAAUGUUCUUAGUUU